UAAACCCUUUAUAGCAAACCUCUGCAAAACCCUAAACUGAACAGUUGUCUUCACCCUGCUCCAAUGGCGUCUCGCUAUCGUUCUCUGUCAAAACCGACCCUAUCCCUCCUCAAAUCCACCAUUACCAAAACCAAGCUCAGCAACCCCACUCCUCUCCUUUGCACUCCAGGCGCUUCUCCAACACUUCCAAGGUCAUUUUCUCAAAUACGUUGUCUGCAGUCUCUGCUUCCAUUGCACACGGCGGUUUCUUCAGCUCGACUCACCUCGUGUCUCGGUAUUGAUUCUUCGAGUUCAAGAUCACUGUCUCAGGAACUGGGUCUGAGCGUGCCGCGAUAAGAGAUCAAAGUCAUAAGAAAGGGGUUCUUCUCUUGUGAUUUUCUUCCCAUAUUUAUCCGAUGAAGUUACUUUUGACAAAGUCCCUGUAAUGGGAACAUGGCUGCUACACUUGAAUUCCAGAAAACAUUUUGACUAUCUUUGUUCCCAUGAUUCUUGAAUCUCUUGCCAUGAUUUUCUUUCAGUAUGAAUGUAGUGCAGUGCUUUUGCUUAAACACCCAGAUCCUGGAACUCUGGAUUUGUUUUAGAUCUGAACAGUAUGAAAAUAAUUGCAAAUCCCUGUUUGUUUAGUUGUUUCA